CUCGACUGCGCAUGUCUUCAGGUAAAUCUGUCGGAAGUAUUGAUCUUGAGUCAGGUAUUGUUCAAAGCUAAUACCUGAGUGCCAAAGACAAAAUAAUUUCAUUCAAUACACUGGAGUAUAAACAAAGAGACGUUGGAUUACAUGAAUUUGUUCACAAAAUUUUUACCCGGCGUGGAAAAGUGAUGAAAAAUGACGACAUGAAACCACCGUUAAACGACGAAGCGUGCUUGGAAACGUCAAUUGUCAUGCAGGGAAAAACCAAUGCCGGGCGAACUGGCGGAAGACGAAAAUUGGUAAUUCAUUUCGAUAUUCGGAACACUGUGCUUGUGGCCGAUUCAGUAACUAAAGUAUCGAUGGAGCAAGCUUUAAAUAGUUUUCUGACUGGAGUUGCGUGGGGAAGGGCUAAUAAUUCAGAAUGGCAUUGGCAUUCUUACACUCCCUCUCUCACUCCUCCCGCUCCAGGUACCACAACGAUUUACAAGUUCCUAGAAAAGUUACUGGUUAAAACUCCGGCAGAUCGUACCAUGCUGAGGAUUGCCACUGGAGACUUUACCCAUACGGCUAUGGGUGAGGGUUUUCUUCCGGUUUUCGAGGAUCAUCUUCAUCAUUUGAGAUGGAUGCACGAUCCAGUAGAGCAUCUCACCAUGUGUGGCAAAAAUGGAAAGCAUUACCACUAUAUCCUACCGUCUGUGUAUCGUGUCAUCUACAAGCUGUGUGAAGAUAAUCGAGAUUUCUCUGUAGUGUUCAGGACGUACGGGUUGGAUGCUAAAAACGUACUCACUAGUCUUUCUCACGGUUUGACUGGAAAACACCCCGAUUUUCCCACUCCUUUGGACAUCGAUGUCAAUUUAACGCCUGGUAAAGUCUAUAGAAAACCAGACGAACCUAUUGUUUUCGAAGUGCAAGACAAGAAGUCUAGAAAUGGAGAAGGGACUUCCGUUUAUACAGGUGACCGUGAAAUUUACACAAUGCUCAGUCAAACAGAGGGGAUAUGUGCCUUUCAGGACGAUUUUUUGUGUUGGCAAGGUAAUACAUAUCAUCAUCGAAGUGCCAAACCUCUGUAUAUAGACCCUUUUGAUAAAGACGUCCAUCACAUUUUCUUUGAUGACAACAUUCGGACGUUCGAACACGACAGUAUAGUGGAUGUGAGAGUGUUCGAAUCACCGGAAGCUAAAGAAGCGAGAAGUAUAUCCAAUAAAGAGGCGGUUCAAUACGAGAAGAUGAAUAUGGUUCAGGCAGACCUUUUAGAAGCAAUAAAAGAUGUUGAUUACUUCGUGAAAGCUGUACGCACUUGUGAAGAAAGAUAUUCGAAAUAUUUGGAAGAGUUUGCGAAUAGCUGAUCAGAAUGUGUGAUUUAUUUCUUUGAUAGAUAUUUUACUAAUAUAGAGUAUAUCUAUUAGAUGCUAUGUUGAACUCUUACGAUGUCUUAAGUUACUGAAUUCAUUUUUGUCCAAUAUCUUUUAUAGAAAUACACAUAAUAACAACACUUUUUUAUCUAACGGAAAAUUCUUGAGUCAUAUUAAGUAUCACUUAUAAUAUAUUUCUUCAUUAUGGAAAAUUGCCAACUUUUUAUUAUUAAGACACACUGACCAUCAGAGCUUUAAAUUUCUGCUGCCACGUAUAUUGGUUUCGAGUUAUUGAUCUACUUAAUUCUCAAGGUAGUUUGGAGGAUCAAAUGGUGCGUGAAUAACGUUUGUUUACGCUUUUAGCUGUCACCAUAUUAAAAAUUAAAAGUCCCCCUAGUCCAUUUUUAAUUCAUUUCAUCAAUUUAUUUUUCCACCCCUUCACAAAACUAUAAAAUAUUUUAUUUUUUAUAUGUUCUAAAAAUUGGAUUCUUAGUCCACAAUACAAAUUAAAACAAAAUGUCCACUAGACCCAUUUAAAUUUUAUCGCUGGUUUAAAAUUCGAAAGGUUUUGCACGUAGUCAAACGUUAGGUCUGGGUGUUUUUCCAUGAAUACUGUGCUCAAUGUUCUGAAUUUAAAUUCUUUGGAAGCCAAGGACAGCGUAGAAGACUAGAAUUUUAGUAUACGUUAUUUAAUCUCAUUUAAAAAUAUGAGCUGUUCUGUGAUUUAAUCAAUUAAAUUUUGUACAUGCAUUUAAUGUCCUAGAUUUUUAUUUGCAACAGGAAUACAGGGUUGAUCAUGUGGUGAUACUCGAUAUGUGAUAUAAAUCAAAAGUAAUUGUACAUGAACAUUUAUAUAUUAAAAAUAUUUAUCGAGAGAUUUAUGUAUAGAGCAUUUCCGUCCAUUUAUCUUACGUACGUAUGAUAUACAUGUACAUCAACUUCGGACGUUAUGUGCAAUACCUUUUUUCUUGUUCUUUUUGCUUGCUUGUGAGAGUACAUGUACUUCUAUGGUAAUGCAACCAUGACAGAGAAAAUCGAUCAUUCUAACAUUUCUCAAUUUGCUGAUUGCACGUACUAUAAUACAUUUUUUUUUAUAUUCUCAAUUGAUUUUUUUUAUUGCUCAAGACCCACACUUUAUAACAGUAUAACAAUGAGCAUGUUAUAUUAAAUACGUAUGCGGUUAAAUACAAUCUCUGGACAACGGGAUUCUAUAGACAAUAUGAACUAUUUUGGAUUAAGUACGAAACAAAACUCAAAAGUAGUCCCAUUUAUGAUAGACUGAACGUUCAUUUUUAGAAGUACAUGCAUGUAUGUGUAUAUGUUGGAAAAGCAAUGUAUGAAAAAAAUGAAUAAAAUGUCUAAUACUCAA